GCUCAUACGAAUUCAGUGCAAUCUUGGAGCUUAUUAGUUUAAAGAAUUGGAGUGAGCUAUCGCAUCUUCUACUUUGCAUGAUCAUCAUCUUCCGCUUCCUUGUGCAACCUCUGCCUUCACAGGGAGGGUGAUUGACCUUUUGGUGUGUUGAAAGUAUUGAUUCAGCUUACGCUAUUGCCGUUCUCUAGUCUUCUUGCAUGACGAAACGACAGUCGUUAUGGUAGUAGGAUAAGUGGAAGUGGGUAAACCUUGUUUGAUGGCCUCGUGUAGAUGAUAUCAUAGCUGUAAGAAAAGAACAUGCGCGUGGGGUGCCUCUACUCUUAGAGGACGCUCGAACAGUGCUCUUCGCGCGGCCUGGAAAGAGACUGCCUCAUCUGCCAAGAAAUUACAAAACGUUAGCAGUAGCGACACAUGAGAAACUAAUCCCUGGCGACACUUCCUGAAAAGCGACCACGACUCGCCAAGUAGUUCUACUUCGUUCUAUCCCGGAAAAAAGAACCACUGUAGAUCAAUCGUACUAGCAACUACUACAACUUUCCCCGAGUAACUUCACAAACAAAAGCCAGUAUAUCACUACAACUACUUCUUCCCGAAAAUCUUCCAGCACUACACCUUUCCCCAAGAUGGGUAACACGCAAGGUGGUCCCGGAAAGGGGGGUGGCAAAGGAGGCGAUGGGAAGGAUAAGAAGGAUGAGAAGAAGAAGAGGUACGAACCACCGCAAAGCUUCGGCAGGAAAGGAAAGAAGAAGAAAGGAGCCAGCGGUACCGAAACUCUCUCAAAAGUUCCGGCCAUAGCACCAAAUGCAAAAUGCAGGCUUAGGCUGCUGAAGCAGGUACAAGAACUACUUAUGCUUUAUUAGCUGCAAGAGUGCUGAAGCAGGUACAAGAACUACUUAUGCUUUAUUAGCUGCAAGAGCAGCAAGAGUUACCUAAUAAAAAUGUGGUUUGAAGAAUUUUGAUUUGUUUGUAUUUCAUUCCUGCGCUAUAGCGUAUUUCUAUUUUCAUAUUCAAAUUGUGAUUCUGAUUUUUUCUUACCCCUCAACCCAGGAGCGACUCAAGGACUACCUCAUGAUGGAGGAGGAGUAUGUAGCCAACCAAGAAGCCUUGAAGCCAAAGGAAGACUCUGCAGAGAAUGAGGAGAGGAAUAAGCUUGAUGAGCUAAGAGGAACACCAAUGGAUGUUGGAACGUUGGAGGUACUUAUGUAGUUUUUUUGAUUACUAGAAUAGUGGAAAUCAAAUCUGAAUACUUUAGGAUACUUGUUGAUAGUUACCCUUUUCUCUUUUAUGUCUUCCUCUGGUCUGUCUUUUUUCUAGUUAGGUCGGCUCCGCCACAAUUACUAGAAUGUUGGAAAUCAAAUCCUAGGACAUGAGAAGAUCAUUACUUCUGGUUAAUACUAAUUUCGUUUUCCUUUCCCCAAACAGCACAAUCUUCUUGCCUUUCCUCUCACCAACGGGACCGUGACCAUGACCACCACAACCACAACCACGACUCACAGGAAUUCAUAGACGAGAAUCACGUUAUCGUAUCAACGGCGACGGGACCGGAGUGGUAUGUCAAUCUGCUGUCAUUCGUAGACACAAACCAGCUGGAACCGGGAAGCACAAUCCUGAUGCAUCAUCGGGUACCUCAUCCAUCUGAAAAUUCGAAAAAAAAUCUUCAUAUGAAUACAUAGAAAAAUCUUCAAUGAAGAAUAACAUAUAACCACACCAAAAUAACAGCAAUACUCCGUGAUCGGAAUUUUAGGAGACGACGUGGACCCAUUAGUCAACGUCAUGAAAGUGGACAAAGCGCCACUUGAAUCUUACGCAGACAUCGGCGGUCUUGAAGAGCAGAUCAUGGAGAUGAAGGAGGCGGUACUGUUAUUUCUCUUUUUCUCGUCGCAACCAUUAUAAUGAAAACUAACUACUGCAAUACAACUUCUCUCUGUACAUCAAAGCUACAAAAUCAUCUGACCUUCAGCUGACCUUCAUCUGACCUUCAUCUGACCUUCAGCUGAUCUUCAUCUUCCAUCUUGAUAAAAAGUAGGCAUAUCUUCAUAGAUUCUUGAUAUUAAAAAGUACUCAAUAUUACUAGAUCCACACUCAUCAACUUUGCAACUUGCCAGGUCGAACUCCCCCUAACGCAUCCCGAGUUGUACGAGGAUGUGGGUAUCAAGCCACCUAAAGGCGUCAUUUUGUGGGGUCCGCCAGGAACUGGCAAGACCUUGCUCGCGAAGGCAGUAGCGAACGAGACCUCAGCGACGUUUUUGCGAAUUGUGGGGUCCGAACUGAUCCAGAAGUACUUGGGAGACGGUCCGAAGCUAGUCAGAGAAAUGUUCCGCGUUGCCGCGGAGCAUGCGCCAAGUAUCAUCUUCAUGGAUGAGAUCGAUGCAGUGGCAACGAAGAGGUACCUUUUUUGUAGAUUAUUAUACUAGUACAUAGGAUUAUAGGAGGCCGGCAAAUCGUGAUCGUCAAGACUAGUAGGUAUUGAAGAAUUUUCAAUACUGUAACAUGUUCUGGAGAAAGAAGACCGCUGUAGUUUGCAUAAUUACCUCUAUUCUCGCUUUGCAGGUACGACACGACAAGUGGCGGUGAAAAGGAAAUUCAGCGAACGCUAUUGGAAUUGUUGAACCAAUUAGACGGUUUUGAUGAUAGAGGAGAAGUCAAGGUACAAAGUUUUACAUUCGCCUUUUGAUCUUCACGAGUCUGUGUUGUAAUUCUUGAUCUUCGACUCAAUUCUCUUUCCUUUCCAUCUUUCCUUUCCAUCUUUCCUUUCCAUCUUUCCUUUCCAUCUUCCUUUCCAUCUUUCCUUUCCAUCUUUCCUUUCCAUCUUUCCUUUCCAUCUUCUUGAACUUGAACUAGGUGAUCAUGGCUACCAACAGAAUCGAUACCUUGGAUCCGGCAUUGAUUAGGCCUGGACGAAUCGAUCGAAAGAUCGAAUUUCCAGCACCAGAUGAGAAAACCAAGAGACGCAUCUUCUUAUGGCUUCUAUAAUUUCCGAUAUCAGCACUUGAAAGUCAUUUUCUUUGUUAGCUUUAAUAUCCCUUCGAUUUAUUUCGUUUCUACUGACUAGGUAGGGUCGUGGACGAUACUGAGAAAUAGAUUUUGAUUAAGAUUAGGUUCACAAAAAGUUUAACUGAAUCUGGUGACACCUUGUCUCCCCACGAGCAACAUUGCUUCCCCACCCCUCAAAACCUCUAAUCCUCCACAUCCACACGAGCAAAAUGACUCUCCAUGACGACGUGAACAUCGAAGAAUUCGUGCUGGCGAAGGACGACUUGUCCGGUGCCGACGUUAAGGCCAUCUGCAUGGAAGCGGGCAUGUUGGCACUGCGAGAACGACGAAUGAAGAUCACACAUUAAGCCUCAAAAUGAUUCACUUCCAAUGUUCAUUUUCUUUGUUUCCUUCGCGAGAUUCCGAAGAAAGGGACGCAAGAAGCGAAUUCUUUUGAGCUCUAAGCACAGGCGGAUCUCAGGAAAGCGAAGGAGAAGGCUCUGUACAAGAAGAAGGGCAAUGUGCCGGAUGGAAUGUACUUGUAGUCAGAGAUGGCGGGAAGAUGUACUCGUCGUAGUGAAGUGCGUCUACUUUUUGUGCAGUACCUGCAUCAUGGCUACGUCAACGUGCUCAGUGCAUCACAGCAACUGUACUAGUGAAGACGACGAGCACCCUUCUUCGUCGAGUACCACCUUCUUCGUGUGAAGAAAAUGACGACCCCUUUGACUCAAUCUAGGCGUUUUUCUACAAAAACGGGGACGGUCCUUUCCCUACCAAAACCCAUGAAGCCACUGAUUUCCCUGUAACAAAAUCAAACUACCCCGAUAGGACCUUUUUAGAGCAUGACCAUUCCCCUACAACUUAUUUUUUAAGAAUAUUUUGUCAUUGAUGAGAGUGAGAAUUAAUACGGAAUGGCUACUAUGCCUGGCGCGGCCCGUGCAAUCGGGUACUAUAAGAACUACGCAAGAAU